AUGACGAGUCAGCCCACGCGACCCUCAAUACCCCCGACGGCGGCCAUCGGCGGAGAUGCGCCAUCGAGCAUCAUCGGCCUGGACAAACAAAAUAACCCGAUCACCUCCUCCUUCGUGACCGACCUCGAAAGACUAAUCCUGAAAGCUCCUCCACUACAAGAUGUCGAUUGGCGCGGCAUUCCGAAAUUAUGCCAUAAGAACACUCAUCUCCGUGCCGCGUACGUUCAGCGCGCUGGAACACUCGCUCCCCAGGGCGAAGCAUGCAGAUCUUGUGAGAAUAACUGUGGUCCGUUCGCGACGUGUCGGACCCUGGUUGUCGAUGGUAUAGCUAUUUUUGGAGGGGCCUGCGCAAACUGCACCUUCCACGCGGGUGGACAUAAGUGCUCGUACCGUGAGGCACUUCCCAACCACGUUCUUUCGCCUCUGAAACUGCAGAAUCCCGACCACCCACUCUUGAAGGGUAGGGUUCCUCCCUCGCCCGUUCGAAAGCGCGUGAAUAGCUCUUCCCCUGGCAAGGCUGCUACGAAGAGGUCUCACAAUUACCAGCCAAGUAUUCUCAUCGAGGAUUCCGACUCUGAUAUCAAAGAAGUCCCCGCAGCCACUGCCUCUCCCAAGAAGACUCGUGGGAAUACUUCCACUCCCAAGAAGAUCCCUAUGCAGGUUACUGUCCCCAAGAAGGAGAUAACUACAUCUGUUUGGCCCAAGGAGACCGUGAGGAACAUUAGUUUAGCUCCAUUCAAGGGCCGAUGGCUCAUCUCGCCCCUGGACGACCCGCCUGUCAGUGCACUUGAUGGAGAUUUCACCUUUGCUCGCAGGGCGUCUCGUGAAAUUCCGGCCAUGAUUGCCCGUCUCCAGAGCGACGCUAUGAUCCUGAAGGAUUUCCUCGCCGAACAUAACCAGACAGAUACACCUGUGGAGUCUGAGGAGGAGGAAGCACCCCGGAAUCGGUUUUAUAACCGCUGUAAGUAG